AUGCCCCUCGUGCGCUUUGAGUUGGAGGCCGUGUCCUUCUCCUUCCUUCCACCCCGAUACGGCACCCCCCUUAGCGAGCUCUCCUGGUCCUCGUCGCUCGCCGUGGUGGCGCUUUCCUUCUCUGGUCUCUUUACCUUCAUCUUCCUCAUGUUGGCCUGUCUGUGCUGCAAGAAGGGAGACAUUGGCUUCAAGGAGUUUGAGAAUGCCGAGGGAGAAGAUUACGUGACCGAGUUCUCGGUGCAGGGCUCCCCGGCCACGCAGAAUGGCCCCGAGGUUUACAUCCUGCCCCUCACCGAGGUGUCGCUCCCCAUGGCCAAGCAGCCAGGGCGCUCAGUGCAGCUGCUCAAGUCCACGGAUCUGGGGAGGCACAGCCUCCUCUACCUGAAGGAGAUCGGCCACGGCUGGUUUGGGAAGGUGUUCCUGGGGGAGGUGAACUCGGGGCUCAGCAGCACCCAGGUGGUGGUGAAGGAACUGAAGGUGAGCGCCAGCGUCCAGGACCAGAUGCAGUUCCUGGAGGAAGCCCAGCCGUACAGGGCUCUCCAGCACACGAACCUGCUGCAGUGCCUGGCCCAGUGCGCCGAGGUGACGCCCUACCUGCUGGUCAUGGAGUUCUGCCCGCUGGGCGACCUGAAGGGCUACCUGCGGAGCUGCCAGGUGGCCGACUCCAUGGCCCCCGACCCGCUCACCCUGCAGAGAAUGGCUUGUGAAGUGGCAUGCGGCAUCCUGCACCUGCACAGGAACCACUACGUGCACAGCCGCCAGUCGGCGCAAAGCGCUGCAGCGAGUGUGACACGUGAGCUGGGACCCCCCAAAUUCAUCUCGCACGGGCCACCGUAG